AUGCAGGCUUACUGUGAUAUGAGCAAAGGUGUUGGUUAUACUGUCCUUCAAAGGAGAAUGGAUGGUACAGUCAACUUCUAUCAAGAUUGGGCCAAUUAUCUGAAAGGUUUUGGAGACCUCAAAGGAGAGUUCUGGCUGGGACUCGAUAAAAUACACCGUAUCACCACAAGCUGCAACGGUAGCCUGCGUAUUGACAUGGAGGAUUUCGCAGGAGAAAAAAGAUCGGCAUUCUAUUCUCAAUUCAGUUUGAAAGGUGCAGAUGAGAAGUAUUCAUUAAAAGUAUCGGGUUACUCUGGCAAUGCUGGAGAUAGCUUGACUCAGCACAAUGGUAGGAGAUUCACCACUCAUGAUCAAGACAAUGAUGAUAGUCAAACCGUCAAUUGUGCUUUUGCAUCUCGAGGAGCAUGGUGGUAUUCUUCCUGCCAUUUCUCAAAUUUAAAUGGCUUGUAUUUGGCUGGCCAACAUCCUUCAAAUGGAAAUGGAGUCAAUUGGAGUAGCUGGAAGGGUAUCAAUUACUCUUUGAGGAUUACGGAAAUGAAAGUAUUAAGGUAUUAAGCCUUUUCAAGCUGAACCUCAUGUUGAACACUGUAGUUUCUGCUUAGACUAAUAGUAGAUUUGUCUAGGCUAUUAUGUAGUUUAUGAUAAUAAUAUUAUUUUAUUUUUAAUGAUAAAAAAUUAUUAUUAUCAUGAGUCUUUCUU